CUGUCGGUGCGUACAGCUCAUCGGGACUCCGGUCGCUGUGACAGUGACGACAUCGUUUAUCAUAUUCCGUCAGUGGCAGUGUUAUUUGUCGAUGUCGGAGGGUGGUUUCCAAUUUUGUUACGGUUGAAGUGAUUGCGUUCCACGUCCGCAAUUAAUGGCUUCACUCGUACUUGUUGAGGAUUGUCACGCUAGACCGAAGUAUUUGCCGACCGUGUAAGCCCGGGAGCCACCAAAUUAGGAAGGAUUUUUGCGCGCUUGUUUUUCCGUUCGCUUCCUAGAUUACAGUUCCGUGAAUGUGUAAUUAAAAUCCGGUAGGGAAAUUGGAAAAAGUGUGACUUUCAUGUUGUUACAAGUGUGGUGGUGACAUUUCAACGGGAUUUAGCAUCAUGUCUGGAGCUCAUCGGGGUCGUGAAUAGAAUCAGUGGAAACAUUUGCGCCGCAUACGGGUUUACCUAUUCAUCUAUUGUUAGUGAAAUUGUCUUGGUCAAACAUAAAGCACUGGGAGCUAUGAUUGAUUUCUCAUCGUGAAAAUAUUUCGCAAGUAUCGCAAGUUAUGUUUAUGACUCGCUGCGUAACAGCAAUUGUUGUGGUAUGAAAAUGACGUUACACAGGCCGUCGCCGGAAAAAGUUGUGUAACUGUGAGGAUAAGAAAGCCGAUUAGUGGUGUAAUUGGUCGAAUUAGAGUGUCUUUCUUAUCCAGUGCUGGAAUCUUCCAGUAGCUGCUCUUUCAGCAACGAAACGACACCCAAGCGCAGUAAAAUGUGUACCGAGUGUUUGAUGUUGCUUCAGUUGAUAGCCUUUUUUGUGACUGGUGCUUACGGUGGCUCUUGUCGGGAUGCUGCCCUAUGCUGUAAUGGUCGAGAUUCAGCCUGCGUUGUGCAGAAAGUACCACCGAAUGCGACAACGUCGGAUUUAAAUGUAAAACCGUGCUACUGUGAUCACGCCUGCUUAAAGCUGGGUGACUGCUGUGUCGACUUCAAGGCAUACUGUGGAGUGAUCGAUUGCGUUGUAAGUGAAUGGAGUCAUUGGAGUGAGUGCGACACUGCUUGUGGCUCCGGGACGUCCUCCCGUACCAGAACGGUUCGGCAGCUGGCACAAAACGGAGGGAAGCGCUGCCCAACGCUGAUGCAAAAACGCGGUUGCCAAGGAACCAGCUGUCACACCGCCACUAUGCUGAGGCUACUCGGAGAAACGGCAAAACUACUACCGGCUGUAUUUCCGAAAUUGAACAGACUUGAAAUUGCCUUUUCCAACAAAGAACCAGAAUUGGAGCAGCUGAAUUCUUACAGCGCCUUCCAUCAUAAUCGAGUUGAUGGAUACUGCAUCGCUUUCGAAAUCAUGAAAGUGAGCAAGCACUGCUCCAAGAGCCCUGACUAUCUAGCUUUGGCCGAGGGUGACCGCGUGGUGGUACGAUGCGACUCCGGUUCAUCUACCACCAAUGUUACUUCUAUCAACGAUGAACUCUACGACAACUCUGUUUCGAGUGAGUACGAUAACGACGACGGUGAUAGUGAUGAUGAUAAUUACAACCAGAGCACCAAGUACGACACAAGCUCCAGAAGCGCUAUCGAAGCGGUACAGCAGCCAGUGCCACAUCGAUGUCUGGGCGAGGGUCUUACGGGUCGGAAUACAUGGUUCACUGCAUUGGCUAUGCCAUCGUGCUAUGGGAAGUGGUUACGGCUAACGGUUGGAUUGCCAAAAAAGUGCCAACCUAGCGAGGUGCAGUUUGUCUUUGUCUAGAAGUGAGACCGACACUUCUGGGACCGGAACAAGGGCAUUGUGUUGAGCGACAUUAGGCGUGAUACUCGACAACGGCGGAAGUGAGUGCCUCGGGGAAGCAACGUUGUUUCCCGUUCGUCACAUAUAAACGUGCAACGUCUGGUCUGGCAGGAAAAAAACAUAAAACAAAACAGAAUCUCACCAUUAUAAAUUGAAACGAUGCUUCUUCCUCAUAAAAGUAAGCCAUAAAAUGAAGGAAGAUGUAAGAUGUAAAUAGAUAUUUUCCACUUUGAUAAGAAACCAAACAUAUUAAAAAUAUGACAUUGA